UCCGUGAGGGAUGGUGUAUCAAACUUCAGCUCUGAGUUGGUCGAAAAGUGAACGUGUGAUAAUACGUUAGUUUUCAUUGUGCUUCAAUUUUAAAAUAAAAUACAUCUUAAUAGAGUGAUUAUUCAUACAGGAUUAUAAGCAUCGGUUAAUCGUGUUGAAAGUUGAUGAGUUUGAGUGUGUGGGCCGUUGGAUAACCUGAGGCAGAGCGAGUUCCUUCAAUGCUGCAAGUAGCAGCUUCACCGGAGCACAACAUUGCAGAAGUCGUGAACGCAGUCAGGCCACGAAACUGCGACUUUCAUCUCGAGGCCCUGAGCUGCUCACUCAAUGCAUCAACGGAAUCAACCAUGCCUUGAUUACAUCCCUGCCUCUUCACUCGCUUCAACUUCUGAACUUCAUGUACUUAGAACCUUAACAUCCCUGUUACAUAUUUAGAGGCACCCUAUAUUGUUGGUUAUUCGAGAUUAAGUUCUGUCUAUAGAGAUAAGUUCUAUACCCUGAAAUCAUCCUACGCCUUUCACAAAUAACCUGGAAUCUAAUAAUACAAGAAUCAAACUACUCUCAUUUCUAUGCAAAUGAUAGACGUACAAAUACUGUCCAGCAUCAAGUAAAGAGGAAAAGUAUGCCUCAAAACUACACCUCAAGCUCCUUCUGUCUUAUUUCUGAAUUAUUGAUGUGAGUCUAACAUCGCCUACAUCUGCCGGGUCUCUCUGGUUCUCAGUGUUCGACUCACUGUCUCACUGGCUCCCAUGCACACACUCCCAUCCUAAGCCUCCGCUUGUAAGUCUAGUCACACUCUCCUAUAUCCUCGGUAUACGCGUUCUACGUCGCACGGGACCUCUAAUACGUGUUCUACGUACCGUCACAAGUGACCUCUUAUACGUGUUCUACGUACCGUCACAAGUGACCUCUUAUACGUGUUCUACGUACCGUCGCAAGUGACCUCUUAUACGUGUUCUACGUACCGUCGCAAGUGACCUCUUAUCCAGGCCUUCGCCUCGAGAAUGCUACCAACUCUCCGACUCGCAUAUUCUCAUCAUUGCGUAUCCCGCUCACCAAAGCAAAGUCUUAUCCAGCGAGCGCUUUCUGAAGGAUUUGCCCCCUUGCAAGUUUGACAUCGCCGGUGCUUCCUAAUACACUGGCUAACACUCAACAUUACGGCUGAUUUGUUCAAGCGUGGAUAAAGAGAUUCUUUGUCGUCCAAAAACCUUAGGUUAUCAAGGCCUGCUGGCCGGACGUGACUCGUUUAGCAGCGCCGGCGCCCGCGUUUGUUUCCUUGCCCUUUGACGCGACCUGCGGUGGCCACAAACUCAAAUAAAGAGGAGAACACCGGCAGAAUAACGAUAUUGUUCCAUAUAUUCUCUUAUAUUUUGACGGUUGGCCGCAUUGACUGUUUGGUUUCAUCUUCCUGACGCAAGUAGCGAAUAUUUUAUACGGGAUGCUUCGUUGCUCAACGAUAAUCAUUACCUUCUUAAGCGUUAAUUAUUUACCCAUGUAGUUGUUUACUUGUUGUUUCUUGUUACGAAUUUGUUGUUAUUACCUACUUAAAGUCUCACUCCGACGUCGUGAUCCUGGGGAUUCUCUCAUCGUUGUUGUUGUUGUUGUCGACCUAACUUGAUAACCAGCGUCCCAACCUCGUGCUAUUCCGUGCCUCUACCUCCAUUGUGAGCCUUCUGUACCUUCUGCUUAAUAAGAAACACACUGUGUCCUCUUCUUUAUCUUAAUUGUAUUAAGUACAUUAGUCGUUCAGCUGAGGUUCACUCAUCUUGCGCUCAUUUCCAUCUACUGGACAAUCUGAAGUACAUAUAGUGGUGCUGGUCGCUACUACUUUCUGUACGUCCUGCGAUACGUUGCUUGGAGCUGUCUUCACCCUCGGCUACUAUGCACGUUAAGAUUCCUGUUUCGUUGACUGGGAGGUUACAAAGGAAUUAUCUUCAAUACGCUAACUCUGUCUUCCUUGAUAUUUUUAAAUUUGUGUGACCGGCUUGCUUAGUGCGUGUUUCGACUGCUUGCUGCUGUUCAGGGGAGCAAAGUAUUUCUUCAAACGCCUUCAUGUUCUUUUACAUUUAGAUGAGCAAUGAAGAACGCGUUCUCGUGGUCGUUUUGCUUGGAUGAAUUUCAAUUUCACAGCACGUACUAAAAUAUUAAAUGGACUUCUCCGAACAGCUAUAAAAAAUUUAUUUUCAUCGUUGAUACUUCGUUCGACCAUAAUAUCUAUGACUGUUUUCCAUCACAAUUCUCACCUAACUUUUCCUCGAGCAUAGAGAGAAAGUAAAGAGAAUUUGUGAGGGAUAAGACGUUAUAAGCUGUGCCCUGUGGGCAUCAUAUCUCCGUGGACAAAUCGUGAUCUUGUCGGCCCAGUAAAAAUUUACGGACGCGGCAGCUUCUGAUUUGGAUUUAUAGAAGCUGGGGCAACUCUAAAUUUUGUUAGGGGGUGGAUGUGGUCGCCGCGAUGCCUAACUUGAGUCUACGCAAGUUGUGGCGCAAGCGCACUGCUACCAUCAGCCAGAAGGAUCCUACCUACAAAGUCAUCUACCUCGGCAAUGUCCUCACAGGAUGGGCUAAAGUCUCCCCCCUCCUGCAGGUGACCAUCUGCAGCUCAGGUCUGCAGGCGGUGACACGGGAGCACGGUCUUUCUAAUGUAUCCCCCUCCCUCUCCCCCCUCCUGCAGGUGACCAUCUGCAGCUCAGGUCUGCAGGCGGUGACACGGGAGCACGGUCUUUCUAAUGUAUCCCCCUCCCUCUCCCCCCUCCUGCAGGUGACCAUCUGCAGCUCAGGUCUGCAGGCGGUGACACGGGAGCACGGUCUCACGGAGUACUGGGCACAUCGCGUCACGUACUGUACAGCGCACCCCGCCUACCCUAAGGUCUUCUGCUGGGUCUACAGGCACGAGGGGCGGCGCCUCAAGCAGGAGCUGCGGUGUCAUGCCGUCCUCUGCUACAGGAACGACAAGGCGCAGGUGAUGGCGAGCCAGCUGAAGGAGAGGCUGUCGUCAGCCCUGUAUGAGUUCCGCAGGGAGAAAGUCAUCCGUCAGAACGCGCGCCUCUCCCUCAUGCACGCCAUCUAUGACAACGCCGCCCUGCCUUCUAGGAAGGUGAUGGCGAGCCAGCUGAAGGAGAGGCUGUCGUCAGCCCUGUAUGAGUUCCGUAGGGAGAAAGUCAUCCGUCAGAACGCGCGCCUCUCUCUCAUGCACGCCAUCUAUGACAACGCCGCCCUGCCUUCUAGGAAG